AUGGGGCCGCCGCCGGGCUCGGGCCGAGCCCCGCGGGGCCGGCGCGGGCCGGGGGCCGGCGGCGAGGCGCGGGGGUUCGCCCGCAGCCUGGGCGGCCUGGCGCUGGGCCUGCUGCUGGCCGGCGCCUACGGGGCCCUGGCGCUGCUGGUGCAGGGCCACGGGGCCUGGCACUGCCUGGGCGCCGCCGUGCUGCUGGGCGCGGGCGCGGGCCUGGGCAUGGCCUUCUCCAGCAGGGCGCGGAUGCUGGUGCUGCUGGCGCUGCCGCACUUCUUCACCCAUUAUAAAAUUGAUUAUUUCCUGCCAUAUUAUGAGACUGAAUCUUUCCUGGCAGAUUAUGAGAUUGAUUAUUUCCUGGCAGAUUAUGAGACUGAAUCUUUCCUGGCAGAUUAUGAGACUGAAUCUUUCCUGUCAAUUUAUGCAACUGAUUAUUUCCUGUCAGAUUAUGAGACUGAAUCUUUCCUGUCAGUUUAUGCGACUGAUUCUUUCCUGUGCAAUUAUGAGACUGAUUCUUUCCUGGCAGAUUAUGAGACUGAAUCUUUCCUGGAAGAUUAUGGGACUGAAUCUUUCCUGUCAGAUUAUGAGACUGAUUAUUUCCUGUCAGAUUAUGAGACUGAAUCUUUGCUGGCAGAUUAUGAGAUUGAUUAUUUGCUGUCAGAUUAUAAUACUGAUUCUUUCCUGUCAGAUUAUGGGACUGAUUCUUGCCCUUUCUUCGCAGGGGAGGGGAAGGUGCUGAUCAUGAUGCUGGCGCUGUGCCUGACCGUGCAGGGCCCUGGCACCAAUCUCCUGCACAACGUCUCCCAGGUCGCCAAGGCGCUGUCAUGUGGCGCUGAGCUGGCCCGAAACCAGACGGCCGAGCGGCUGCAGCGUGCCAAGGAGCCACUGCUGAACGUGCAGAAGAAAAUUAAGGAUAUCGGCCAGAAUGCCAAGGUGCUGGGUGACCGUGUCCGUAAGUUCGUCCGCUCCAUCAUGGACUCCACCAGACACGUUGCCCGGGCCCUGCGCAAUGUUUGGCUGUGGCUGUCGAGGGCCGGGAGCAUCUGCAACCGUGAACUGGGGGACCCCAAGAGCAGAUGCUUUCGCUACAUGGACAAGACCAAGGACAGGUGCGAGCGCGCCUUCCCACUCCUCUUCCACUUCUGCUACGUUGUCCUCAGCUUCAAGGCCCUCUGCGGCAUGAUGAGCACUUGUGAGUCCCUGUCCCUCUUUGCUUUCACAUUCUGCACCAUCCCUAAAUUCAUCCAGACCUUCAUCCGGAUCAACGUCGCAGCCCCCCUCACUACUGCCCUGAACCGUGUCCGCGCCGAGUUUGAGUUCAACAUCUCGGUCGUGCACCACUUCAGCGUCAACCUCAACGCCAGCAAGAGCCUGGGGGAGGUGUCUGCCGAUAUGAUGGAGGCCGUGAAGCAGCACAUGGAGCCCUACCACCAUGCCCUGGAGCUCUUCUCCUACGUCUCCUUCUUGGCCAUCCUCUUCUUGUGCUACUGCGCCGUGCGCUACCGGCGCCGCUACCUGCGCGACGACACCUUCGACAACGUUUACAUCACGCGGCGCUUCGUGGAGCUGGACCUGCGGUGUGCAGAGCAGGGCAAACCCACCGUGCUGCCCCUGUCGUCACUGGAGAGGGGCCGCUACAUCCCCCCAGGUGCGCUGUGGCUGUCAAGGAGGGAGCGACGCCAGUAUGGGCUGCAGCUCUUUAGCUUCCUGCGCCAUACGCUGCUGGGGUUCAGCAUCAUCCUGGCUGACUACGGCAUCUUCUGGCUACUCGACCUGUUCCGGCACCAGCUGAGCGCGGAGAUAGUUGCCAAGGCGCCGUCGACCAUGACCAUCAGCGUCAACGGGACGGGCUACACCAGUGAGAUCUAUAAGGAUCUGGUCUCUGCCUUCAACGCGCUGCAGGAGGGCGAGGUCUCGGUGCUGUCCCAGGUGUGCCUCAUCGAGCCCGUGGAGCCCGACCACAGCACCUACAUCACCAUAGGAAUCCUGUACGGUAUCUGGCUCUUCAUCUCCAUCUUUGGUUCCUACAUGGCACGCCUGCGCCGGGCAGUGUGUGCCGCCUACUUCCCAUCCCGCGAGCAGGAGCGCCUGGCCUUCCUCCACAACAUCAUCCGGGCACGGCGGGAAUGGGUGAUGUUUGCCCUGCGCCAAGUUGGCACCCGGCGCUUGGCCGAUACUGGGAAAAGCAGGUUCUUCCUUAUCCUCAUCUCCAGGUUCCCUCUGCUAGCUCGCCUCGCUCGCCGCUUGGGCAUCCAGCGCAAGCACUGCCUGACCUGUGGGAUGGCAGAGCAGCCGGAUUUCACCGCCUGCAUCACACCCAACUGCACAGGGCUGUAUUGCAGCGAGUGCUGCAGAAUCCUGAACACCUGCUCCGUCUGCAUGGCCCCCCUGAGCUCCCCGGCCUCUGGGGAUGAGGAGAUGGACUCCAGUGAUGAGGAGACACCAGGGCUGUGGCUGGGCACUGAGCGGGCACUGCGGGGCCAGGAACGAGGGCGGCGGCUGCUGCAGCGCAUCAAGGACACGAUCGAGGGCUGGAGGCUCCCCUUUGGAACGGCGGCCCGGCUGCAAGAGCAGCUGCAGGAGAAGGAGGAGGAGGAGAGCGAGCGGCUGCUCUCCAGCCGCGACUUUGACGAUGAGGAGCAAGCGGUGGGAAGGGAUGAAGAGCUGCAGGAGGUGCUGGUGGUGCAGACCCCCAGCCGCGCUCCCUCCCCGCUGGAGAAUCCCACCGACAUCAACUCCGUGGGAGAAACUCCCCGCGCUCGGAAACGUCCCAACACGAGUGAGCUCCGCUGCCCGGCACCGCUCCUGUCACGGCCCGCGGGCGGCGGCAGCGGUGCCCACGCCGUCCUCCCCACCCAGCCCUGA